AUGGCACUUUCUGUCUACAUAUUUCUCGGAGGCAAAGACGGGGUUGUAUGGUUAGGUGCUUGGAGUGGAAUCUACUCCACGCGUUCUGGGUAUUUUGCUGCAGCGGAACUAGAGAACCAGAGACACACUCCACAGUCUAGGAUCAACUGGAAAGCUCUGCUUUGGACUGGGCGGGUAGGAGCUAACUUGCAACUCCGAGGCAUGCUCCAUAACACCUCGUGUCCACGUUGUGGUAUGCUAGAGACAGUUCCUCAUCUAUUCCUCCACUGCGACUACGCCAAGAAAGUGUGGGCAUCCUCUCUGUUCUCACCGCACUUCGACCCCGACAACUUUACGGACAUUACAGCAUUUUCUGAUGCAUUGAAACACUGCAAAAGCUCAGUCUGCCUCCCUCCCCUGGGAAUUUUAUCAGAUAUAUUCCCAUGGGUCUGCUGGAGCUUAUGGACAGCUAGAAACAAACUGAUUUUUGAGGAUAGGAAGAUAUCACCUGAGGAGUCAGUUUCUAAGGCUAUCUGGAAUGCCCGAGAAUGGAACUCAGCACAAAGUGUUACCUCACCACCACCAGAACCGCGACACAAGACGUUGAACAUACCCGAUCAGGAUGUUCUAACUCUUGGUUUCUCUGAUGCUGCUUGGAAAAAAGAAACUAAUACUGCAGCUUAUGGAUGUAUCUUCUUCAACAAGGAAGGACAGAUCAUACACUAG